AUGUUCAGAACCAUUGAAAUCGCAAUCUCCUCGCUAAUACGCCAAAAGGCGGAGACAAAGUCAUGUGAAGCCCAUAUGCAGGAUUUGAGCAGGGCUUUGGAUGAAAAUAUCGCCCUUACGAAAGAGUUGCAACAGUUGCGACCAGAAAUAGAGCUUCUACGACAGCAAGUGGCAAACUACGAAAAGAUGUUAUCCGAACAACGGGAAAAGGAGACGGCGAGCAAGAAACAGUCAAAGGCUGAGAAGUCAAAUGACGAAAGCGAAGACAUCACCGAACUUCGAGCAGCGUUGGACAAGAUCACAGAAAAAUUAGCCCAAGAAGAGAGGCAACGCGAAACCAUCAAGUCAAAGCACCGGAAGGAACUAGAAGAAUCGGAAGACCAGAACCAUAAGCUAGAGGGAAGAAUAUCGACUCUGGAGAAGAAGUUGAAAGACUCGCAGAAGGAACUUCGCGAUGUGCGGAAACAGCUUAAGGCGUCUCAGUCUAGCUCGAAAGGAGAUGAACCGGAGGACGAAAAUGCCGCUCGCAGCCAAGAAGAGACGGCGAAACCUCGAGCCAAGGAUCAAUCUCCGACUCAAAAGGAGAGGUUGACUCGCAAGAGCAAGCGUGCAACAGAACAAGCGAUCAUGGGAGAAAAAUCUACCUUUUCCAUUACACCGUUCCUCAACAAGUCAAAAGACGCUACGCUAAAUAUCGCCAACGAGACCAAUGGUCUAGGGUUGUCCCUCGAUGAUGUGCUUGCACAAGAAGGAGAUGAUAACGCAUCGCCACUUGUGAUGGCCAAAAAAUCCGAUGCUCAACCUAUAAUCGCACCGGAUGCCGAACAAGACACUGUUACACCUUUGAGGCCUCGAGAAAAGUUGGCAUCAAAGAGAAAAGCAGCAGCAGCAGCAGCAACAGAAGAUGAGGAUGAGGACCAUAUGACCAAACUCACCGCUUCCGUUCGAAAGAUAGGACGUGCAAAACCUGAAGACACAAAAGAUGAGGAAGCAUCGGAGGCUCUCGACUCCAAGGAAGCAGCAUCUGCCAAAAGAAGUGCCACGGCUGACCCUGGCUCUGUGGUUGAGCAUAGGAAGAGAAAGAGAAAGCUUCUAAACAAGACUAACGAUAUUAUACUAGAGGAAGACGAGACCGGGGAAGGAGUCCAGCCCAUGGAGGCACCACCAGGCCGAACAAGAAGAGUGAAAUCCUCCCUGACAAGCGCUUUCAACUCGCAAACCGGUCGCAAAUCGUUUUCACCUCUUAAACGGCACAAACGGGGCGUUAACGCAAGCUUUCUCGCUUGAUCAAGGCGACCGCCCGUCAAGAGUUUAGUACCUCCUCCCCUUGACAUCAUCUACAGCAAGAGCUGCGUAGCCAAGGUAUCUUUUUCAAGACACCAAAGACAGCAUACUACUAAGUAUUGUAUUGUGAUUCUUCUGUGUAAUUAUUUGUUCUACCUAGGGUACAAAGUCAUGGGAUAUAGAAGGAAUGCAAUGCCCUUUUGGUGCCUGCUG